AUGUCUCUGAGCCGAGCCCCGGCGGGCCCCGGGCCCCGGGCCCUGACGGAGCGGGUGUCGGAGCAGCUGCAGCGGGUGGGGGGGGAGGUGUUGGGGCUGUUGCAGGAGCGCAGGGGCGGCUCCAGGGGCUCGACGGGCCUGCUCCACCUGCUGCGGCGGCUCCUCCCCGAGCGGCUGGCGGCGGCCGCGGGGCGGGUCGCGGGGCUGAUGGAGCGGGAGCUGGACGAGUGUCGGCGGCAGCUGGAGCGACAGAGCCGCCUGCUGGAGGCGCUGCUGAGCCCGGUGGUUCGACUGACCCGGGUCGACGCCAUCGUUCCAUCCACUCUCAGGUCGACAGUCACCGAUGAAAACCAGACCGUCCACCCCCCCCCUGCCCCGUCAAGCUCCGCCUCCUCUGACGGCUGUGCACCUGAAAGCGUCCACGACUGGAAGACCAGCGACAAACCCCCCCCUGCUGAAGACACACACAAGAUGGAGGGUGCUGGAGGCCGGCGGUCCUGCAGCAGGAGGCCCUGCAGGGCCCCGUCAGGCCGGCCGGUGACUCACGGUUCUGUCGUCUGUGGAGAACGUUUCCAGCACCAGGGAAAUCUGGAGGAACACGUGGAGUCUCAUGCAGACGAGCUUCUCUGUGGAGAAGGUUUCAAGUCCUCAGACAGUUUGUUGGAUCCCAUCACGUCUCACAGAGAACCAGGCGGCACCGGGAUCAGUCAGAUCUGUGGACAAACUUUUCAAAACAUGGAGACGCACAUGAGGAGUCACACAGGAGUCAAACCAUUCAGCUGCAGCAAGAGCUUCCCCCGACCCGGGGAGACCCACAGCCGGAGCACCCCCGACACCCAAGACCUCGAGAAGCAGCGGACGAGCCACGAGACGGACAGAGACCAGAGUGAGGACAGUCACACUGAGACUCUGAAACCAAGGACAGUCAGAAGACGCAGCUCAGGACCGAAGUCCUCUCAGUCGUCCUCGCUCUGCUGCAGCGUCUGCGGGGACUCCUUCCACAGCCAGGGGUUCCUGAGGAAACAUGCUGAGAUGCACUGCAGGGAGUCUCAGGGUGUCUGUGGUGUCUGUGGUGUCUGUGGACAGCGGGCGGACUCAGCUGACAGUCUGCUGACCCACUUACAGUCUCACAGAGAGACUCGUGGGACCUGCAGCGUCUGUGGAAAGACUUUCCAGAACAUGGAGACACACAUGCGAAGCCACACAGGGAUCAAACCCUACAGCUGCAGCAUCUGUAACAAGCGCUUCCCUCGACCUGGAGCCCUGAGGCGCCACAGACAGAUCCACACCGGGGAGACCUUCCCCGAGAGCAGCGCCUUCAAGACCCACAGCAGGAGUCCUUCAGGGGAAACCCUCCAAGACAAGAGCCCUGAGCCUCCAGCGGACUCCCAGAACCUGCAGUCUGAGAGGACGCCUCCACCGUCUCACUGCUGUAAAGUCUGCAGUGAAUCGUUUCAGCAUAAAGACAGUUUGAGGAAACACGCCACGAGUCACUCAGCAGAGUCCGUCUGUGGCGUCUGUGGUGAAGGUCUCCCGUCAUCAGAGGCGCUGAUAGACCAUCUGCAGACUCACAGACACGCAGGUCAAAUUUGUCACAUCUGCGGUAAAACCUUCCAGAACAUGGAGACCCACAUGCGGAGUCACACCGGUGUCAAACCGUACCGCUGCAGCCUCUGUGGUAAAUCCUUCCCCCGGCCCGGUGCGCUGCGGCGCCACCAGAGGAUCCACAGUGCGGAGAGAACGUUCAUCUGUGAGUUCUGUGGGAAGACGUUCAUCGAUCACAGCGCUCUGACGACGCACAUCAGGAAACACACCGGGGACAAACCGGCACAACGCGUCUCAUGCGAGACCUGCGGUAAGAACCUGGCGUCCGUUCAGGUCCUGGAGGUUCACAAGAGGAUCCACACAGGCCAGAAACCGUUUCAGUGCCGCGUCUGUGGGAAAGCCUUCAGGCAGGUGGGGGGGCUGAGGGCCCACAGGCUGACCCACACCGGGGAGAAGCCGUUCAGCUGCGUCCUCUGCAACAAGAGCUUCAGCACCAAAGGAUACCUGGAAACCCACAUCCGCUUCCACCGGAGGGACCGGGUGUUCGGCUGCCCCCGGUGCUGGAAGUCCUUCGUCACCAAGAACGACCUGAAGAAGCACCUGCUGACCCACACUGGAGAGAAACCCCACAGCUGCAGGGUCUGUGGGAGGAGCUACCAGGAGAAACGCUCCCGAGACCUGCACCUGAGGGUCCACCAGGACGUCCAGACCAGCUCCCGAGACCUGCACCUGAAGGUCCACCAGGACGUCCAGACCAGCUCCCGAGACCUGCACCUGAAGGUCCACCAGGACGUCCAGACCAGCUCCCGAGACCUGCACCUGAAGGUCCACCAGGACGUCCAGACCAGCUCCCGAGACCUGCACCUGAAGGUCCACCAGGACAUCCAGACCAGCUCCCGAGACCUGCACCUGAAGAACCACCAGGACGUCCAGACCAGCUCCCGAGACCUGCACCUGAAGGUCCACCAGGACGUCCAGACCAGCUCCCGAGACCUGCACCUGAAGAACCACCAGGAGCCAAUCAGGAGUGAGGACGGCACGCAGCUGUAGUGUUCACACAGACGGACAGUUAUUGAAUUAUCGGACUGAGGGUGUGUCACAUAAAACUUUUUAUAAAAUAAGUUCCAGAAUCACAAACCAACAAGUGAAUUGAUAUUUUUGUUGUACAAAAUAAUUACUUUAAUUUAUUAAUUUUACUUUCAGAUUUCUUCAAUGUUUCAGGUCCUGACAUCAGAGCGAUUCUCAAGCUGCAUAAAACUAAUUUGUUCUUAAAGAAAAGUUUGUUUCUUCCUCUGCAUCAG